AUAAUGUGUGUAUUGAUGACAUGAUUACAACAUUAAACAUGUUGUGAUGUUAUUAAUGGUGUUAUAAAUGACUCCUGAUGAAACAUAGUUUGGACCAGUCAGACUGGUUGUGGAAGUUGUAUGUGAGCCCAUGUUAUUGAUCAGUCACGUAGUACGAAAACCACAAUGAAGCCUGGCUGUGCUGACAAGAAACACGAACUUCCUGUUUCUCAGCAUCAGAAUAAAACAGAAGCAAGAAAACGUUUUUUAUAUCAGUGAAAAUACCUUUCUGCUUAUGAGCAGUUGCUCCCAGUGUGUGAAUCAGGAGACAAGGGUUGUUAUCGAAAUAGUCAGUUCACAGCUCUAGAGAAGUUCCUCAACUGAUAGUUUGACAUCCUGGGAACUUGCUAAAAGUUAAACAUGGCUACAUUUGAGCGAAUUGAAAAAUUCCUGAAACAUUACCUGGAUGAGCUGGAUGAUGAACAGCUGAACACGUUUCAGUGGUACUUGGGCCAUAAUAGAAGAGAUGGAAGGAGACCCAUCCCAAAGGCCCAGCUGACCAGAGAACAAACUGUGGAUAAACUGGUGGAAGUUUAUGGGGAAGAAAAAGCUGUGGUGACGACAGUGGACAUUUUCUUUAGGAUGAAUCUGAAUGACCUUGCAAUUAAGUUAACUCAAGCCAAAACAGACAGAGACACGGAACAGCAAUUACAUGAGCCGGUGUCCACUGUCAGAAAGAGACAGAAAGAUGGAGGGUGGAUCGACAGUAAGGAUCUUUCUUGUUCAGUUUGCUUCUCCAUUUUCACUCAUCCUGUGAUGCUGCAGUGCGGGCACAGCUUCUGCAGGAGCUGUGUGCACAAACACUGGGAGAAGAGAAUCUCUCGGACAUGCCCACUGUGUCAACAAGUUACUGACACUGAACCUCAGACUAAUUUUACUUUGAAGAAUUUGUGUGAAAACUACAAUGAGAGAAAUGGAGUUGAACUAUCAGGUCCUCAUCAGAUUCCUUCAACGACAAGUGUCCUGCUUCAGCAGGAGCCUUUUGAAAAAGAACAAUUGUGCAAAAAAUAUGUUGCAGACAUUAAGGUUCAGAGCAACAAGAUAAAGACGAUUAAGAUCGACUCACACAAAUCAUGGAAGGCCACACAGAUAAAGACUCAUUCCAGGAAGAUCAAAGAGAAGAAGGAGGCUUUUGAAAAAGUCAAACAAUCGUGUGAUACAUCUGUUGAGGACAUUAAGGCGCAGAGCUGCAACAUAAAGCAGAAGAUUAAGAACGACUUUAAGAAGCUGCACGCCUUCCUCUGGACAGAGGAAGAAACCAAACUAGCUGCAUUAAGAGAAGAAAAGACUCAGAAGAUUCGUAUGAUGAAGCUGAUCACAGAGAUGAGCAGAAACACUUUGUCGCUCUCUGACACUGUGAAAGAGAUGGAAGACUUGGGGGUUGAAAAACCGUUCAUACAGCCCUACAAGAUGAAAAUGGAAAGAACUCAGAAAGCACUGCCAGAUCCACAGCAACUUCCACAAGUCCUGAUAAAUGAAUCCAAGCAUGUGGAAAACCUUCAGGUCAGAGUCUUGGAGAGCGUUUUGAGCAAUAUUAAAGAUGCCCAGUUAGUAAGCCACCGAUCUCCAGAGCCCUGUGAGUCUGACGACGUAGAAUCACCGCCCUAUCACUCUCAGUGUGAACAAUCGCAGAGUUCAACUGUGAUUGAAGUAGGACUGGAGCUGUGUAGAAAUCAUGUAGGCUGCAGCUACAAGGGAGCUGAUGAGAAAAACAUGGAGCAAAAGAGUGUUGCUGAUAUAACGGACAAGUCCUCUCAAGUUUCCUCUAUUCAGGCUCCAGUUCAUCAUUUACAUCCCAGCUACACUGCUCAGACUGGAGGCAAUGUGAUCGCUCCCACCCUCGUUGGUUGUAACGCUGGCGUCAUAAACAUCAACAUCUCAACAGACCGAGGGUCUAAAGACGCAUUAAACCAUGACACAGCAGAUGGCUGUGGCAUACUGCAGCCCCAAAAUGAAAGGAUCGCCGGAUGUCAACAAAAACUGAAAGCUGCUCUGAAGAGGAAGUUCAGUCACUUGCUCGAGGGGAUGACAAACAAAGCAGAUAAGACAUCUCUCAAUAAGAUCUACACAGAGCUCUACAUCACUGAGGGAGGAAGUUGUGAAGUCAAUAAGGAGCAUGAGGUGAGACAGAUUGAGAUGGCAUCCAGGAUACAUGCUCAGGAGAAAUCCAUCCACUGCAAUCACCUCUUUGUUCCUCUACGGGGACAAGACUACCAUGUAAGAACUGUCAUCACAAGGGGAGUCGCUGGCAUUGGAAAAACCGUAUCCGUCAAUAAAUUCACUCUAGACUGGGCUGAGGAGAGAGAAAACACCAACCUGGAAUUUGUAUUUCCUCUCUCUUUCCGAGAGCUGAAUCUGAUGAAAAAGAAAACCUUUAGUCUUGUCAAACUUCUCAGUGUCUUUUUCCCUGAAACAAAAGAAACAGGAAUCUUUCUUAAUGAUAAAUACAAAAUGCUUUUCAUCCUGGAUGGUCUGGACGAGAGCCGCCUGUCUUUGGACUUCAACAAAAGUGAAGUAAUGUCUGAUGUGACACAGGAAACCACGAUUGCUGUGCUUCUGAUCAACCUCAUCAGGGGAAAACUGCUUCCUUUGGCUCUUGUUUGGAUAACCUCUCGCCCGGUAGCCUCCUGUCAGAUCCCUCUGGAGUAUAUUAAUCUAGUGACAGAGGUGCGAGGGUUCAACAACCCCCAGAAAGACGAAUACUUCAAGAAGAAAAUCAGCGAUGAGAACUUAGCGAACAGGGUAAUCGCACAUGUGAAAUCCUGCAGGAGUCUUCACAUCAUGUGCCACAUACCGGUCUUCUGCUGGAUGGCGGCGAGUGUUCUUGAGAAGAAGUUUGCGACGACGGACAGUAAAGACACGCCAAAGACCCUCACUCAAAUGUACAUACACUUCUUGUCCUUGUUUGUGGACGACAUGAAGAAAAGGAUGAAUGGAAGAAGAGAGUCAAACACUGACUGCUUGAGAGAUAACCUCAUGUCGCUGGGUGAACUGGCCUUCAAAGAGCUCGAGAAGGGCCACUUGAUCUUCUAUGAGAGCGACCUCAUCCUGAAUGGUAUAAAAGUCAAGCAGGCGUCCAUGUUCUCAGGAAUCUACACACAGAUCUUCAACGAGGAGCUGACGGUGUGCGAGGAGAAGAUGUUCUGUUUUGUCCAUCUGAGCAUCCAGGAAUUCUUUGCUGCGCUGUAUGUCUACCUCAAAUUCAACAACGACAACUUCAACGCCUUGAUCAAGAAGUCGUCCGCGUCGAGACGUUUCCCAUUCAGAGAUUCAUCAGAGCUCAUCCUGUACAAGGAAGCAGUAGAAAAGGCUUUGCGGUGUGAAAAUGGACAUUUGGACAUCUUUCUGCGCUUCCUUUUGGGCCUUUCUCUGGAAUCCAACCAGACUCUGUUGAAACAUCUAAUGACCAGCAAAAGAACAAACCAAAAGACGAGGACCGAGAUCAUUAAACACAUAAAGGAGAAGAUCAGGGCAAGUCCAUCCCCAGACAGAUGCCUCAAUCUCUUUCACUGUCUGAAUGAGCUGAACGACCGCUCUCUUGUGGAUGAGAUUCAGAGCUACCUCAGCUCUGGCAGUCUGACCAAAGUCAAUCUUUCACCUGCCCAGUGGGCCACUCUGGUCUUUGUACUGCUGACAUCAGAAGAAGAGCUGAGUGUGUUUGUACUGAGCAACUACACGCGGUCAGAGGAAGGUCUUCGGCAACUGAUGCCUGUCUUGAAAACCGCCCAAGUGGCAAAUCUAAAUGGAUGUAAUCUCACUGUGACCUGCUGUGAAAACCUGGCGAAUGAAAUCAGCUCAUCCCAACUUAGAGAGCUGGACCUGGGCAACAACAACCUGACAGAUGCAGGAAUAAUACGGCUCUUGGGUGGACUGAAGAACAGCAAACUGGAGACACUCAGACUGAGGAGCUGCAACCUAACAGAGCACAGCUGUGAUGUCCUGGCCUCAGUUAUCAGCUCAGCCUCCUGCCAGCUGAAAGUACUGGACCUCUCUGACAAUGAUUUGGAGGAUGUAGGAGUCAGAAAGCUCUGUGGUGGACUGGGGAGUCCUAACUGUAAACUGGAAAUACUCAUGCUGUCCCUGUGCAGACUGACAGAGGAAAGCUGCACUUUCCUGGCAUCCGCUUUGAACUCAUCCAGUCUGAGAGAGCUUGACCUGAGCUACAACCACCCAGGGAACUCAGGCCAGGAGCUGCUGUCUGCUCUGCGGGACGACCCACAAUGCAGCCUGCUGAAACUCAGUGUGGAAGAGUGUGGUGAAUCCAGGAUUCAGCCAGGUCCAAAGAAAUAUACCAAAAAACUCACUCUGGACCCAAACACAGCACACGCAGAUCUUUCUCUCUCCGAGGGAAACAGGAAAGCGCUGCGCUGGAUUAAGCAGCCAUUUCCUGAUCACCCGGAAAGGUUCGAUUUCUGGACGCAGGUGUUGUGCGUGGAGGGACUGACCGGGCGCUGCUACUGGGAGACAGAAUGGUGUGGGAGAGCUUUCAUAGGAGUAGCCUACAGAAGGAUGUGUAGGAAGGGAAAGGAUCACGACAGCUGGUUGGGCAAAAAUGACUCGUCCUGGGGACUAAACUGCAACAAAGAUUGCUACAAGACCUGGCACAACGGCAUGAGCACCAGUUUAACCAUCCCACCCAGCUCCAAUAAGGUAGGAGUCUAUCUGGACUGGGCAGCGGGGACACUGUCCUUCUACAGGGUCUCCUGUGGUGCACUGACCCUCCUCCACACCUUCCACACCACCUUCACUGAGCCUGUCUACCCGGGGUUUUGGCUCGGCUGGGUGGACUCUACUGUGUACUUGUGCUAAAUGUAGUAUUCUCUUUCUCCCUGCUCUUGAGCCAUAAACUAAAAGGAUCAGUGUGUAGGAUUUAGUUGCAUCUAGCAGUACAGGUGCAGAUUACAAAACUCUCGCCUCACCCUCCCUUUUCAAGCAUGAAGAAACUACGGUGGCCACAAAACUCACCAAAAAAAAGGGCUUAUAUAGAGUCAGUGUUUGGUUUGUCCAUUCAGGGCUACAGUAGAAACAUGGCAGUUCAACAUGGAGGACUCCAUAGAAGAGGAUGCGUCUCAACAACUGUUUUAUGGAUUGCAAUUAAAUGCAAACUAAUAACUAAUUAAAACUAAUAACAUUGUUUAGAUGUUUUAAUUUUUUACUGUAAAUUUCUAUUUUUGCAGUGCCUGUUUUUUUUCUUUCCACCUAUUGUCUUACAAUUCCUUAAAUGUGAAAACCUACUAGGCAAUAAACUUGAGUCUGAUCAAUCA